UUUGAAACGCGUUGCUCUUGAGCAGGAGUGGUAUUUUGAUGUAGUAACAGUAUAGUUCAGUAUGCGCGGAACUGCACAGUGACAGCUGUUUGGUUCAUUUGAAUUGUCAGUUGUCAGGGCAAGGACUUUGGUAUGGAGCACGUUUUAGUUGUGUUGCAUGUGUUAUUUUGCAGAUGUUGAGAAAGACCUAAACAGCCUCUGAUUUAAAAACAAACAAACAAAAUAAAAACCCCAAUUUGAAGCAUGGCAGAACGCGGGGCUCAUCUGACUACUUCGUCUCUGGAAGUGGAUGACAGACCCUCCAUAUUCGCGGUGGUUGCGCAGGAGUCGCUCAUGGGGUCUGUCCGGCCUGCCCUCCAGCACGCAGUGAAGGUCCUGGCAGACUCCAGUCCAGCUCGGUACGGCUGGCUGUGGAGGUGGUUUGAUGAGAUCUACGUUGCUCUAGACCUGUUGCUCCAGCACCAUUACCUCUCUCAGACCAGCGCGUCCUUCUCUGAAAACUUCUACGGCCUCAAACGAGUAGCCCUGUUGGGGCAGGGAGGAGGGAGUCGUCUGGCUAGCAGGGGGCUUCCCAGGAGGCAUCACUGGCGCUCCCUUCUCCUGCUGGCACUCCUGCCCUACUGUAGAGUGAAGCUGGAGAAGUUCCUAGCCAAGCUGAGGGAAGAAGACGACUUCUCCAUUCACCUUCCCCGAGCCCCCUGGAAGAAGUUCUACAAGGCUUUCCUGGCUGCUUAUCCGUUCACCAGUAUGGUUUGGGAGGGGUGGGUUUUCUCCCAGCAGCUGUUAUAUGUGUUCGGCAGGACUUGGCAUCACUCUCCCCUGCUCAGACUGGCUGGAGUGCGGCUUGUUAAUUUGACAGCAGAGGAUAUCCGGGCUAUGGAUCUGCAGCCUCUGUUGACUGCGGGCUCUGGGACUAACCAAAGUGCUCGUGAGAAGCUGAGACUGUUCCUGAGCCGAGCGGUGGGAGGAGUGGCUUUCUCCCUGUCGACUGGCCUCUCCGUGGGGGUGUUCUUCCUUCAGUUUCUGGAGUGGUGGUACUCCUCUGAAAACCAGGACACCAUCAAAACUCUAACCUCCCUCCCCACGCCACCACCUCCUGUGCACCUGGACGAGCAGACCGUACCCAAACACCACACUCUCUGCCCACUGUGCCACAAAACCCGUGCUAAUGACACAGCCCUGGCUACCUCCGGCUAUGUGUUUUGCUACCGCUGUGCUUACAACUAUGUGAAACGGCAGCAAAGGUGCCCACUGACUGGGUACCCAACGGAACUGCAGCAUCUAAUAAAGCUCUAUAGCCCGGAUGGGUAUGAAAGUCCACAGUAAUAACAAGCAUAUUAGUAACCUUCAUAAUGCAAAAUUGGAGCCAACAGUAACACUGCUGUAUGCACAUGUAAUAAUGUAAGUUUGAUAUACACAAGUGCCUCUAUUUGCCCUCAGAUUCAGAUACGCUCAGUAAUUUGUGCUGAAAAUGACCUUUUCAGGUUUCUUUAUAACUGGAUAGAUGUAUGUUAAAAUCUAAGUAAUAGACAGCUUCCAUAGACCCCUACAUUAUGAUCCUCUCAAUAACUUUCUGAAGAUCCUUAACUCGGAUUCAUUAGCACCAGACAGUUGUUGUAGAUACAGGUACAGUGUGACAUACACACAGCUGUCUCCAGUAGGUCUAACAUUAGAUUUCCCCAGAAGAGAUCAAAAGUUCUGCUGUGUUUUAUGUGCUGCAGGAUGGCUUUUUGUUUUAGCCGUUUUUUUCUUUAAAAAUAUUCCAAAAAAGGUUCCAGUAACACUGGUAAUACAGAUGCAGAUGAGUUCAUGUAAUUGUCAUAUGUAACAGGACUAUUGUCCCUAGCCAGUAAGAUAUUGAACAAAAUGCAUUUCUAUUGCAUUUGAAAUAAUAAAAAAAGUUUAUAUCUUUAUUUCUAAAACAUAUUAACUCAUUGAAGAAGCGCAGUAGGGGGGUUGAAGGCAUAUCCAACACCCUGUUGUGUUGUAUUUCUUACAUAGUGCAUGUGUGUCUAUAUAUAUAUAUAUAUAUAUAUAUAUAUAUAUACACAUACAUAUAUAUGUGUGUGUGCACAUCUCACUCUAAACGAAUCAGAACAAAUGUAUCUUUUUCAUAAGAUGCAAAAUACUGUGGCCCUAAUAUACAGUCCUUAACAGAGUCUCCCAAUCUGUUCAGGAGACUUCUGUCAGAGCUUUCACCCCUGCCUUGAGGGGAAUAUCUGAAACUCGGAUCAUUUAGUCUACUGGAGGCAAAUAUGAGGACCUUGAAGUUACUGAAAUCAGCACGUCCAAAACCCUACAUUUGCCAUUCCCCCUGGUUUGGAUGGAACUGUGUAUCAGAGCAGAAAUACACAGUUGUGCUUGUUUUUUUAAUGUUUAUGGAGGGUAUGUUGGAAUGUUUUGCAUGAGUUUAUAAAAUGCUCACAGUGUUCCUUGAGAACCUGUUGGUCUUGUGGUGAGUGCAAUUACUGGUAAAAACACCAAGGGAGAAACAAUCCCUUUGUAACAGCUGAUUGGAGCACUUCUCUGCAGAGCCCCAGGGUGUUUGGAGUGGAAUUGCUGUUUAAACACUAUUCAGAGUCGUGCAUUUCAAUAUAAUUUAGCUAGUUAAGGGAGAUAUCAAAUUUGUGAAGAAUAUCACAAUAUGUACAACGUGUUUUCAAUCGAAUAUUUUCCAUCACAGAAACUUGUAAUGCAUCCACCUCAGCCUCCGUGGGUGCUGUGUGCUCGGCCGCUGACAUCCCAAAGCUGUAUGACGUCAUUCGCAGACUGGCUACGAUCUAACCCAGGGACUUUCAACCGGGCGUACAUCUUAGGGUCAUAAGGGACGAUUCAGAAAUGCACAAAUAAAAAGUGAUCUUGAAUUGAUUUUUUUGAACAGUAUUACAUAUUCCCUAAACCACCAUGUAUACCGAUUUAAUAGUUGUUUACCGAUGACGAUUGCGUGGAUUUCCACUCUGAUAUACAGGUGAAGCAGGCGUCUGGCGAUUGUGCCUAUGGAGAGCGCUCUGGGGUGCUCCUGAUCGCGGCUGGUUUCAACUUGUAUCCGUGAAGCACGAUGUCUCUGCGUUAUUUAAGUGUAAAUGCACCGGUAAACAUAAAUAAUCACCACAA